CCCGGCAGCCCAUGUGGGGGACUGCGCCUGCGCGCCGCCCGCGGACCGUUGACCUCGACGAGACGAGCGAUGGUUAAAAGUUUUUUAAAAAGUCGAUCGGUUUGAACGUUGAUCAAUGUUUCCGGCGCGGCCUCCGAUCCGCGGCUGUUCACUGCUCCUCCUCCUCCUCCGGCCGGCCGGCGCUUUCUCUUGUUGCUGACCAGGACAGGGAACAUGCUUUGAUCAGUGGAUGCUGACGUCGCUUUAAACACUGGAUAUCAUCGUGCCUUAUUCAACAUGGGGUUUGGAAGUGACCUUCAAAAUUCUCCUGAAGCUUUGUUAAAACUGCAGGAAUCAGAGCUUAAAUUAAUGGAGACACUAAAAAAGUUAAUGUCUCUAAGAGUUAAAAGUGACAAAGAGUAUGCAUCCUUAUUACAGAACAUUUGUCAGCAAGUGGAAAAGCAUGAAGCAUCCUCACCAGUGGAUUUUGUUAGUAAUAUCACAAAGUCUUGGGCCUGCGUGGUACAUCAAACAGAACAAUUGAGCAGAAUAAUGAAGGCACAUGCAGAAGACCUAAAUGUGGGACCUUUGUACAGGCUAACCAUGAUGAUCAAAGAUAAGCAGCAAGUGAAAAAAAAUUAUCAGAGUAUGCAACAACACCUGGAAGCUGAAAUGUACAAGGUAACAAAGACUGAAAUAGAAAAGCUGAAGUCUACCUACAGACACUUGGCAAAAGAAGCCGCGGCUGCAAAGGAAAAAUAUAGAGAAGCCCUUUCGAAAGGUAAAGAGACUGAAAAGGCCAAAGACAGAUUUGACAAGGCCACAAUGAAACUCCAUAAUCUACACAACCAAUAUGUCCUGGCAGUGAAAGGCGCCCAGUUACAUCAGGAACAAUAUUAUGAUAAAGUUCUUCCUCUUCUCCUCGAUUCUCUUCAGAAGAUGCAAGAGGAAAUGAUUCUUGCAUUAAAGGGAAUUCUAGAAGAAUACGUAAACAUAACUAGUCUUGUGACAGAACAGAUCGUAAAUAUCCACAAGGAUGUCCUAAAUUCUGUUGAAGAAAUCAACCCCACUUCAGAGUACAGCCAAUUCAUUGAAAAUCACAGGUCGCAGCCAAUUAGGGAGGCAUGUAUUGAGUUUGACAUUUUAUUAUUAGAAGAAAUGGAAAAUGUUCAAAGCAAUGAUAUCUUGUGGAACAAUUUAACAGCAGAAAGUUUACAGACAACGCUAAAAACAACAACUGAAGACUUAAUCCAGACUCAACAAACCAUUACGAACAAAGAAGAAAUCAUGACAGAACUUGAGAAAAAAAUUGAUGAAACCAAAUCGGCAUGCGAAAAAAAAUCUGACAUUGUGCUAUUGCUGAGUCAGAAGCAGGCACUGGAGGAGCUGAGACAAAAUGUUCAGCAGAUGAAGUGUACUGAAGUUAAACUCUUUGCCCAGAAAGAUUUAUUGGAUCAUACGGUCAAAGAGAAUGAUGGGAAGGAACCACCUCCAGUGCUGGCCUAUGAAGAUGAUGCAAGAUCUAUCACUUCAAUGGAUAAAGGAAAAGAUAAGGUUUCAAAAUUUGAUUCCAUUCGACACUCCAUUGCAGGGAUGAUUCGAUCACCGAAGACUUAUUUAACUUCAUCCUUCUUUGAUGUGGUGCCAUCCAGUGAGAGACCAUUAGCUGAGCAAGACUGGUAUCAUGGAGCUGUUCCUCGGAUAGAAGCCCAGGAGCUGCUGAAACAGCAAGGAGAUUUUCUGGUCCGAGAAAGUCACGGCAAACCCGGUGAAUAUGUCCUUUCUGUUUACUCGGAAGGGCAACGCAGACACUUUAUCAUCCAGUAUACUGACAAUCAAUAUCGAUUUGAAGGAACUGGAUUUCCCACGAUACCUCAGCUUUUAGAACAUCAUUACAGCACAAAGCAAGUAAUCACAAAAAAAUCAGGAGUAGUCCUUUUGAAUCCUGUUGUUAAGGAUAAGAAGUGGGUACUCAAUCAUGAUGAUGUCUCCCUUGGAGAGUUGCUAGGCAAAGGUAAUUUUGGAGAAGUCUUCAAAGGAACAUUAAAAGAUAAAACUGCUGUAGCUGUAAAAACAUGCAAAGAAGACUUGCCGCAGGAGCUAAAAAUAAAGUUUUUAUCCGAAGCAAGGAUACUAAAACAGUAUGAUCAUCCAAACAUUGUCAAACUAAUUGGUGUCUGUACCCAGCGGCAGCCCAUUUACAUUGUUAUGGAGCUUAUACAAGGUGGUGAUUUCCUUACUUUUUUAAGGAAAAAGAAAGAUGAAAUAAAAAUGAAACAGCUCGUCAAGAUGUCUUUGGAUGCUGCUGCUGGCAUGGCUUAUCUUGAAGGGAAAAACUGCAUUCACAGAGACCUAGCUGCUAGAAACUGUCUUGUGAGUGAUGGUAAUGUACUGAAAAUCAGUGACUUUGGCAUGUCGAGACAGGAAGAUGAUGGAAUUUAUUCAUCAUCUGGCUUGAAGCAGAUUCCAAUCAAAUGGACAGCCCCCGAAGCGUUAAAUUAUGGACGAUACAGUUCAGAGAGUGAUGUCUGGAGCUUUGGGAUACUCUUAUGGGAGACAUUUAGCAUGGGCGUAUGUCCAUAUCCUGGAAUGACCAAUCAACAGGCACGAGAGCAGGUUGAAAAAGGUUACAGGAUGUCAGCACCGCAGAAGUGUCCAGAGGACGUCUACAGUUUAAUGCUGAAAUGUUGGGAAUACAAAGCAGAAAACAGACCAAAUUUCAGUGAUAUACACAAAGAACUCCUGGGUAUCAAGAAGGCAAUGUAGUGGCAUGGAGUAAAUGCUGACUGUAGAAAAUUCAGUAUUCAAGAAGUGAAGCAAAAAGAUCAGGAAAUAACAAUUUUCCUCCCACAUAUUGUAAUUAAAAUUAUGUAAACAUUUUAUAUUGCACCAGCAUAUCAUUUAUUUACAGUUUAUAAUCAUUUAUUUCAUGUUAUUCUGGCCUGUAAAUAAUGGUAAAGUACAUUAUGGAGAAAUACAUUUCCAGUCCAUUAAAAAAGAGAUAAUUGCAAAAUAUUUUCACAAUAUCUCCUUGUAAAAUGUAAGUAAAGCAUGGGAGACUUUGGUGCAUUCAUGUGGGUUGUUGUUGAAAUGCAACGUUGAGAUUUUCUGUGGAACUAAGUACAAGCUGGUCUAUGUUUAAUUGGUAUUGUAGAAUUUACAACAUUCUAACAGGAAAAAUAUUCCUGGAUCAGGAUAUUUAGACCCAUGUUGCUAUAAAAAGCACAAAAAUAACUCGAUUGCAUAUCUAAAUCAGAGACCCCCAGUAAAAGGGCUUUGCAGUAAUCUCAUGUUGUGAUCGAUUAUCAUUGCAUAUAAUUUGUGGUGUUCCAGAUGAUACAAAUAUUAAGAAAACCCUUCCAUGAUGUACCUCAGCAUCCUGAAAUUCUGAACUGUGCAAGGUCCCUAUGGCUUCUAAACAAAUGUUAAAAUUGUUUUUUCAUUUAUUUCAGUCUUGAUAUCUUUGAUCUUACCGCUUACAAGGGUACCUUGCACUAAACUUAAAAGAUUUGAAAAUUUCUAAACAAAACUAGGCGUUUUGCCAAUCUUUAAUAGUGACAAUAUUGUUUUGCUAUCUAUGUAUCACUGCUGAAUGUUAACCCUUUGAGUAUUAACUGCUUUUCCUGUUUUCUCAGAAUAUGAAUUAACGAUUGCUAAUAAUGAAUUAUUCAAAAGAAUUACCGGUAUAGAAAGCUUGCUUUGAGCAAUGCAAUGUUUCCUAAUUUGGAACUGUUCUAAAAUAAUCCAAAUUAAAACUGCAGUUGUUGACUUUGAUAAUCAUUCGAGGUUGGAAAUGAUGCAGUGGGUAAAGAGUUGAAUGUCUGUGGCCCUUUGUUGCGGAUUAAAACAAAACACCACUUGGCAACAAUGUUUUAGCGAUAAGAUAUAACAUUUAAUUAUUUAAAUUGUACUUCCCACAUUGUUGCAGAUGGGGACGCAUGUUUCGGCUGCUUUACACAGAUUUCCAAAACCAUUAUUUGUUGUUUAGGCAGCACUAACUUGCGUAUGGCUUGAGAUGAGCAAGUCAGCUGGAGAUUUUUGCAUAGAAAAGAUCACAUCCUGUCCCACCAAAGCUUUAUUUCAAUAUGAAUCUUUGCAGCUGUUGUAUAGGCAUCACCUCUCACCAUGGUUAGGUGAUAAGGAAGCUGUUAUGUUUCAAACCGUAACCCAUUUACCACACAUUCAUUGCCUGAUACAGUUCUUUAAGGGUAAUUUCAAAUGCAGUUUUCAAAAUUUAUCUCUUCUUUGCUGUGACCAUAUUGAAAACUGGUGGAAAAUUUCAGAACUCCUUCCACACAGUUGUAAAGGAAAUAUUUCAGAAAAUAUUACUGAAAUAAAGAUUAAUUUGUGUAACAAUGAUAACUUAGCUCCUCUGAUGGGCCCUGUAUGCUUCACUAAUAGUGUGUUGUUUUUGCAUGAUUAUUUUGCAAAAAAUAUUUUGUCCUUUGUGCUUGGACAUGAGAACAGGAUAGUUCCCUUUAUCGCUUCUGAAAAAUCUCACUCACUGAACUAUAAAACUGAAUGCUCUACUGUUCAACCACAUACAGAACGCUUUGAAAAGCUGGACAGUAAAUCAUGGGACCAUUUGUGAUUCUUCCAAAUUUGCCAGUUUAAAAUUUCUGUUGUUCUAUUUUCCAAACAUGUUUACAAGUAUGAAUUGAUGUUUCUUUCAGUUUGAAUUAUGUCUUUCGGCAAUAUUGGUCUUUGGAGAAUUUUGGAAUUUGUGAAAAAUAAUGUGAUUUACAAUUGUUUUAAAACUAAACCUGUCUUGUAAACAUCAGUACGAUAUAUAGGAAUUUUAUGGUUUCAGAUUCUGUGGAAUUACUGAAUAGAAUCUAAAUAAGCUGUACUAAGUAUAUUUUGAGUACUUUGUGCAGCAUUUAUUGAAUUUUUGUAACAUUGUUAUUUAACAGCUACUGAUAUUAUUUGAAGUUUAUUAACUAAUCCAAUAUAAGGGCUUUUGUUUUAAAAAGAGUGAAGUUUACAUUUAUACCCCAAGACUUCCACUUGGUAAAUAUUUACUUGCCUUCAUUGCACUGUUUCCAAGGCAAACUUAGCUUUGCACAUGAAAAAUUAAUGUCGUAGAGUGUUACAGUGUUGAAACAGGCCCUUUGGCCCAACUCACCCACACCGACCAACAAUGUCCCAGCUUCACUAGUCCCACUUGCCUGCACUUGAUCCAUAUACCUCCAAACCUGUCCUAUCCAUGUACCUGUCUGUUUCUUAAACGAUGGGAUAGUCCCAGCCUCAACUACCUCCUCUGGCAGCAUGUUCCAUACACCCACCACCCUUUGUGUGGAAAAAGUUACCCUUCGGAUUCCUAUUAAAUCUUUCCCCCUUCACCUUGAAUCUAUGUCCUCUGGUCCUCGAUUCUCCUACUCUGGGCAAGAGACUGUGCAUCAACCCGAUCUAUUCCUCUCGUGAUUUUGUAUACCUCUAUAAGAUCACCCCUCAUCCUCCUGCGCUCCAUGGAAUAGAGACCCAGCCUACUCAACCUCUCUCUAUAACUCACAUCCUCUAGUCCAGGCUACAUUCUCGUAAAUCUUUUCUGAACCCUUUCAGGCUUGACAAUAUCUUUCCCAUAACAUGGUGCCCAGAACUGAACACAAUAUUCUAAAUGUGGUCUCACCAACGUCUUAUACAACUGCAACAUGACUUCCCAACUUCUAUACUCAAUACUCUGACUGAUGAAGGCCAAAGUGCCAAAAGCCUUUUUGACCACCUUAUCUACCUGCGACUCAACCUUCAAGGAACCAUGUACGUGUACACCUAUAUCCCAAUGCUCUACAACACUACCCAGAGGCCUACCAUUUACUGUGCAGGUCCUGCCUUUGUUUGACGUCCCAAAAAGCAACAACACAUUUCUCUGUAUUAAAUUCUGCCCACCUGGCUAAUUGAUCCAGAUCCUGCUGCAAUCUUUCACAACCAUCUUCACUGUCUGCAAAACCGCUCACUUUUGUAUCAGCAAACUUGUUAAUCUUGCCCUGUAUGUUCUCAUCCAAAUCAUUGAUGUAGAUGACAAACAGUAACGGGCCCAGCACCGAACCCUGAGGCACACCACUAGUCACAGGCCUCCGGUCCUAGAAGCAACCUUCCACCAUCACCCUCUGCUUCCUUCCAUGGAGCCAAUUUGCUAUCCAUUCAGCUAUCUCUCCUUGGAUCCCAUGCAAUCUAACCUUCCAGGGCAGCCUACCAUGUGGAACCUUGUCAAACAGCUUACUGAAAUCCAUGUAAACAACAUCUACAGCUCUGCCCUCAUCGACCUUUUUGCUCAUGUCUUCAAAAAAAUUAAUCAGAUUUGUGAGACACGACCUCCCACGUACAAAACCAUGCUGACUAUCCCUAAUCAGCCCUUGCCCAUCCAAAUACCUGUAUAACCUAUCCCUCAGAAUACUGUUUGGUAACUUUCCAGCUAUAGAUGUUGAGCUUAUUGGCCCUAUAGUUCCCAACAUUUUCCCUGCAGCUUUUCUUGAAAAGAGGUACAACAUUUGCCACUCUCCAGUCUUCCACCACCUCUCCUGCAUUUAAGGACGACUUGUAAAUUUCAACCAGGGCUCCCGCAAUUUCCUCUCUAUUUUCCCGCAAUAUCCUCGGAUAUAUCUGAUCAGGCCCUGGGGAUUUGUCUACCAUCAAACACGACAGUACCUUCAGUACUUCUUCGACUGUAACCCUGACUGGCCUCAAGACACUUCCAGUGACAGCUCCAAUCUCCUCCGUCCUACUGUCUUUCCCCUCGGUAAAUUCAGAGGAGAAAUACUCAUUUAGGACCUUGCCCAUCUCCUGUGACUCCACACAGGUGACCACUUUGUUUCCUGAGGGGUCCCACUCUCUCUCUAGUUACCCUUUUCCCCCUUAUGUAUUUAUAAAAUAUUUUGGGAUUGUCCUUAAUGCUACCCUCCAGAGCUAUCUCCUGGCUCCUUUUUGCACUUCAAAUUUCCUUUUUUAGUUUAUUCCUUAGUUCCCGAAACUCCUCCAGGGAUGCACUUGAUUCCAGCUGCGUAUACCUGUCCCAUGCAUCCUUCUUGUUUUUGAUGAACGUCUUCAGCCAAGCUUCCUUACGUUUGCCUGCCUUGCCCUUUACUCUAACGGGAACGUACACAUCCUGAGCUUUCGUCAGCACCCUUUUAAAAACAUCACACUUGGCCGAUGUUCCUUUCCCCUCAAAUAACCUGCUCCUGUCAACUUGAACAAGACCUUCUCUCACACCCUCAAAGUUGGCCUUUCCCCCAGAUGAGCAUUUUAAACGUGGACCCUGUCCCGUCCCUAUCUAUAACUUAUCUUAAAACGAAUUGAACUGUGGUCACUGACCCCAAAAGGCUCCUCCACACACACUUCAUUAACUUGCCCUUCCCAAUUUCCCAAUACUAGAUCCAGCGUUGCCCUCUCACAUGUGGGGGGCCUCCACAUACUGCUCAAGAAAACUCUCCUGAACACUUUUGAGGAAUUGCACCCCAUCUGAACCCUUCACGCUAUGAUUUUCCCAGUCUAUAUUGGGAAAGUUAAAAUCCCCUACUACAACAACCUUUUUAGCCUGCAGCUGUCUGCAAUCUCCCGGCACAUUUGUUCUUCUAAUUCCCAUUGAUUCGGGGGUCUGUAGUACACCCCCAACAAGAUGAUCAUUCCUUUCUUGUUCCUCACCUUCACCCAUUUAGCCUCACUAGACUUGCUUGGCAAAUUCCCCAGUAAAGGGGUCAGUGCAGGAAAAAAAGUGUUUACAGAAUUGUCAGUAUUUUUAAACAGUUGAUCUUGGUGCUCAGUGGAGUUUUGUUUUCCUCAAAAAUCGCACUACUGUUAUCAAUUUUGUAAUCACAGUAAAGUCAGUAAUCCCAUACAUUGGGGCUUCGAUUUUAUGGACAAUGUUGUUUGUGCUGUGCCCACAAAGUCCUAAAAUAUGCAUUAACUUCAAGAGAAAAUGUCAUAUAAUCACAUUAAACAUCAAUAGCAUUUUCUAGACAUGAAUGAAAAUUAUUAAAACAGUACAUACCUAAAUUAAUUGCAGUUAAAUUUCCAUUUAGAGGAAAAUAAGUGCAUAAUGAAAUCAUUGGUGUGUUUUGAAAUUAAGGUGGCUUUUUCACUGCCACAAAAAGCUAUUUUUCACCCUCUACGAGAUUAAAACCCUCUGAAAUUGGGCCUCUUUAGGAGACUUGCAGUAGCAACUGUCCUUUGAAAGGAACUCAUAAUAGAGAUACAAACUGAAGUUGUUCAGAAACUGUUCAGUCUGUGAAGUAGUAAGAUUUUAACAUUCAAUUGGUAAAUGCAAACAAUAGAAAAACAUUAGGGAGGUGGUAUGCAUCGUGCAGUCCUCUUAUCAUAAUAUUUUGAUGCCCAGACCUCUGAAUAUUUUAGUCACUUGUCCAAUUUGUAUAAGAAUGAAUAAACUGGCUUUGCAGCAUUGGGUCAAAGAUUGAAUUCAAAUUUGGAUGAAUGGGAGUUAACUAUUCUUUUAUUGCUAUACCUAUGGAUUUUGAUCGUUUGAACCUUCAUUCUAGUUUUCACAAGCCCAUAAUAAUAAAAACAACUGGGAUGCUCAGCAUCCAUUGAGGAAAAUAUUUACCCAACCAUUAACUCUGUUACUAUCUACAAAACUAUUGCAUUACCUGCUGAGUAGUUCCUGCAUUUCUGUUUUUCUUUCAAAUUUCCAGCUAUCCUUUUUUUAAAGUUUGAAAUGCCCCAUCAAUUUUUACCUUCUUUAUUGCACUCCUUCUAAGAAAACUAUGAUGCACACGCCCCAAUGCUAUAAUGUUAUUGUGACUAUAUACAAAUGCAGAAUGUUUGGUUACUUUUAAAGUCAGUGUUUUAAGGUAAAGAUCUAACUUGCCUCAUGUCCCAUUGUUGUGAGCUUUCACACUGGUUAUAGCCCAGUGGCUAUAACCCUUCACUUUUCUGUGUGCCAUAUAUAUUUCCUUUAUACUAACCAAAUUAUAUUUUCUGCCAUUUAAUAUAAUUGUUGCCAAGAAUAAUGACAAACAGCAAAUCAUCUUGUGCUUUUCAAAAGCUCCAAUGCAAUUUCAUUUGGUGCCAUAAUAAAGACCAGAAUUAUAUAUAUUUUUUAAAAAUGCACCUUUUCUUUUUCUAACAUUAAGGUUCUAUCUUUGCAAAGAAAGUAAAGCAGACUUUCAACACUGGAACUAUGUAAUUCAUCAAAAUAUUUUAAACUUUCUGUCAAUGUUGCUUUGAAAUGAGUCUUAUUUUUGAGGAUGUAUAAUAUUUCUACCCCAGAACAAUUAAAUGAAUUUUUUGAUUUGUCCAUUGGGGAGUCACAUUCGAAAUACCAAACAGAAACAUGUCUUUUAUACCUUUUUUAAACACAGUCCUAUGACGUAACAUUUAUUUAUUUUGUAUUUUUGUUUUUACAGUGAAUUUACAGGGAUUUUGAAAUGACAUGUUAUAUUCUCUGAAUUCUAUGCUAUUGUGAAUUGCAAACUUGUUCCUGAACUGUUUCUGUGUCAUUUUAGACCAAAUACCACUAAUAAGUCUGUUGAUAUUUAUGUAAUCCCUUAAUAAACAGAAUGGAGACUCUGUA